AUGAUAGAAGGGCAGUCAGCGCAGGAUGUAGCCUCCCAGUUCAAGCGAAACGGGUUGAAAUUUGAUCCCCAUCUGACCGCCGAUGUUCGGGCUGAUGUCAAGCUGCCAGGGCCUGUUCCAAGGGCCCUUCCACUCAUUGUGCCAGACGGCAACCAAUUCAAGGUAGACGAGCACGGGGCCCACGUUCUGACCUCCCAGCUUGGCAAGCGCUUGGUUGUGCCGCAGGUGUUGGUUGGCCCGAUGCGUGAAGGAAAGAGCACGCUGAACAACUUGGUUGCUCGCCACAUGUUGGCAGCUGGAAGACCCUUGCAGCCAGCCUUGUUUGGGACAAGCGGCAGCGUCAGAUCAUGCACACGGGGCAUUCACGUGUAUGCCCUGCCGCUAUCUCUCUUGGAUCCACAGGCACCGCCAGGUGCUCUGUGGCUACUGGCUGAUUGCGAGGGUUUCGGUGAGAACAAAGCCCAUGGCGACAAAGCAGGAUUGUAUGACACGAAGCUUUUUGCCGUGGCUGUGCUGACAUGCCAGCUCUUCGUUUUCAAUACAAAGGAGAAACUUGAUGCCAGCAUGAUUGACCGUGUGGCAACAUGGCAGCAGGUGGUCAGCAGCUUGGAAGUCAGCCGGGAGCCCAAGCCAGACCUGAUUUUCGCGCUGCGUGACUUCGCCCUGAACCAGGACGGGGAGGCGCUGGACUACUACCGCCAGUGUCUCCAAGCAGAAGGGGAGGGUAUGACCGCACAGAGAGUGCUCCAGGCGCUCUUCGGCGAGCGUGAGGUGUCGUGGUUUGCAUCGCCGGGCACUUUUAGCCCGGGCGAGGACAUCUCAUUGAAGCCGUGGCGGAAACUCGCCAAGCCUUUCCAGGACAACUUUCAUCAGUAUCUUGAGAAGUUGCAGAGGCUUGCGCGGAAAGCCGUCCAUCCGCAGAGGUCUUGGAAUGGAGCCCAGUAUGCAGCACGGCUGCAUGAUGUGGUGUCCUGCUUGAACACGAGCGAGCUGGCCCCUGUGGCCCUGAUGUCAAUGGCACAGAGCUGUGCAGCUGCCGAUGCGGUGUCCCUCUUUGUGGAUUUCUUCGAGGAAGCUUCCCGGGGCCUCGAGUCAUGCUUCCCCCUGGACGACGCCGCGUUCAGGGAGCAGAUGGCGAGCAUCUCCCAGCGCGCCACCACCCAGCUACAGGCGUCCCGGGUCUGGGCUCAGUGCGGAGAUGACAAGCGCAAGGAGGUUCUGCAGGAUGCUCAGCAACGCUCACAGCUGCAGGUGAACAUCCUCCACGGCGAGAAUGAGCGCCGGACCCAAGAGCAGCUGCAGCAGCUUGCCAUGAAGAUGCUGGGCGAGAUGCCGCCGAGGUCGGAGAUCCAGUGGCCCGAUGGCGACGAGGAAAGGCUGCGGCGCUGGUCAGAGGAGGCCGUCGCCAGGCUCCAAUGCAGCCAUGGGCCCCGAACCACCGUGGAGCAUUUCGUGGCCGGCUUUAGGGAGGACCUCGAGCGCCAAAUUGCUGCGCAAGCGAGCUUCAACAAGAGCCGGCGCGAGAAUGCAGCCCGCAUGCAGCAAAUGGAAGAGGAUCGCCGGCGAGCGGAUCAAGAGUUCAAGGAUAAGCUUGAGCAGAUGAAGAGCGAGCACAGCUCCAACAUGGAAUCGGUUCAACAGACGAUGCUGGAGCAAUUCAAUCAGCACCAAGAUGAACUCAAGAAGAUUUCGCAGGACCAUCAAGACGAGCUCGCCAAGAGCGAGAAAGACUAUUUAGACCAACUGGAAAAGCAGAGAGAAGACCUUCACAAGCAACACCAAGGUGCUCUCAACGACAUGAAGAAAGCCUUGCAAGAGCAGAUCGACAAUUUGAAAGAGUGCAACUCGAACCUCAAAAGCGAGCUCCAGCAAAAGAAGAAGCAGAUCGACGAACACAAAUGCAAGGGCUGCUUUGCUGGCAGCUCUUUGGUGCAGACGCAGCAGGGGGCGCGACGAAUCGACGAGCUUCGUGUCGGAGAUGUUGUGCGCAUCAAUGCAGCCUCUUGGGAGCCGAUCAUCGGCUGGUUCGACUACUUCCCCCUGUCACGGCGCCAGGACUUUGUGGAAAUUCACCAUGCAGGUGGUAUAGGUGGUGCCGUGUGCUUGACCCCGAACCACCUCGUAGCUCUCGAGUCUGGGUUCAUUCAGGCAGCGCGUGUGCUGCCAGGUGCAGUCCUGAGGACAGCGGAUGGGAAGCUGGCUGCAGUGUCAUGCGUUAAGACUGGCGUAGAGCACGUGGGCGUUUUUGGCCCCGCAACGCCCAGUGGACUUCUGAGUGUGGACGGCGUUCUUUGCAGCACCUACGCCAAGCCAACGGAGUUCUCGCAUGUGAAGAUUGCGGACUCUGCGGUGCACACGUUCUGCCACUGGGCCACUGUGCCCUUGCGGGCUUGGUGGCGACUUCGAUUCCGCCUUGGCACGCCGCAGCCCAAUCCGCCAAACGGAACAGCUUCGUGUGCAGCUGCGCUGAAGUGGGCUUUCGGGCUGAUAGCGAGUGUGUAA